GUAGCUUUGAUGGCACGAUCUUACCUACCAAGCAAGGUUUCAGAGAUAGUUUCAAUUUGGAGAAAUGACCUGAACAAGGUCAAUAAAAAAGCUGCAGAAUCAUUGGCCGAUCCGCAAGUGUGUCCUAAUUUGUUUGAGGACUGGGGCAUUCAUCCUCCUGUUGACGUCUCCACCCCACAUUUCACAAGUUCAAAUUCCAUAGAAGUCGGUUCUGCAGAUUGUGUCUGCAAUUAGAUCAGAGAUCAACUGCUCUUUUGUUAUCAUGCGGAAGAUUGCUUUUGGGAAGGAUCUGAAGCAAUUCUUCUCUGGAUUGGAGAAACAAAGAGGAUGACACUUAUAAUUGCCCCUCCCCAUCGGCCUUCUUCAAAUUUGGAUCACAAGAAGGGAGCAACAUAGGUAUUGAUCAUGGUGUUUCCUUGUUAAUUUGGAAAUGGUUAAUGUAAAUAAUUGGACAAAAGAGCCAAACGAACCCUUUUCUCUCAAAUCGAGACGAUGAUGUGGUCGACGGCCACCAGCCCCAACUCAAGAGUUUGGCCUUCUGUAUAAUCGGAUUAUAGGAUAAUUUUAUUUUAGUCCAUUUCUUUUUUUCCUUUAUAUAAGUGCAGAUGUUGUGAUGUUUUGAAUGAAGGGUGGUUCACACAAUUCCUCCUUAGAGCAAGUGGAGAUGACCGUGUGUAUAAAAAGAAAA